ACAUGAAAUAAACAUGUUUUAUAAAGCAAGAGGUUUCUUUUUCAAAUUCUGCUAGUGAAUACUCAUUCUUUAAAAGUUUUGAGUUUCAUCUAUAUUAUUAUUAAAAUAUGACAAGUGUUAUAAGAUUUCAAAAAGCAUCAGUUUUUUUUUAUUUAAUAAUUUUUUUUAUUAUAUUACUGACGAGUGGGCUAAGGUUCAAGUAUGUACUGCUUUUUUAGCAAGUACAAAGUUGAUAUAAAAUUUAUAGUAUAUUUUGGUUAGGUGUAGACUACUAUAGACAAUAGUUUCAACUUUUUGUUAAUUUUGCUCAGCACAUGUAGACAAAUACGAAUAUAUUAUUUAUUGUGGCGUAAUUGGCUAAUUUUUAUAUAAUAAAAAUAAUUUUGUUUUUCGUAAGUAUCAAUUUAUGAAUUUAUUUACGUAGUUUAAUUUUAUAUCCAUUGGCCUGUAUUAUUAACAUAUCAAUUUGUUAUAAUUUUUUUUUUAAGUUAUACUUAAAUUUAUUAUCUAUUAUUGAAAAAAAUAAUGUUUACAUACAUUAAAUUAACAAGUUAUGUUUAAGCAGAUGUAAUAUUGAUGUUUUAUAUUACUCAGUAUUGCCAACUGUAAAAAUAAUUAUUAAUUUCUGAAGUCCGCAAAUGGCGACACCAUGCAUAAGUCCAGAGCAAAUCCGUUCUACAAUCACAGGGGUGCGUCGGAAGGCAUCGCCCGCGCAGACCAAAUCCGGAACAUUGUCUAUGUCGAGUUCUCGCACGUCAUUGGCGAGUAGCCGCCAGUCUCUCACGUCGUACGCCUCUCCAACAGCGGAGAGGGCGUCGUCUCCGGAUCUAACGAAGCGUGCCUCGUUCGUUGAGACGGGUUUUGUGGAGACCUUGACUCCUCAGUUCACUCCGGGACAGAGCAUCACGUCACCGCAGCCCGUGCCGUCUGUUGAGGACAAACUUGCGAACAUACAAGCGCAGCAAGAGAUUACUCAGCUGAAAUCUGAAGUGGAAGACCUCAAAGAGAAGCUGGAAACGAUAAAAGUCCGGCGCGCGGAGGACCGCGAGAAACUGCGCGAGCUGGAACGGGUCAAAUUACAGCUGGACCAAGCAAAUGAGUUCAAGACGAGGAUCAUGGAGUCGCAGGCACAGCUGCAGAGGGACCUGCAGCGGGCUAAACAGGAGACCCGGGAGGCACAAGAGGCACUAGAAGCCCACAACGACGAGACAGCCGAACUCCAAGAGGCAGCAGAAAUGGCGGCCCUGGACAAGGAGAUGGCCGAGGAGAGGGCGGAGGCGCUGCAGCUCGAGCUGGAACAGUGCAGGGAGAAGCUGGAGGAGGCCACCCUAGACCUGCAGCUGAUGAAGGCCGAAAUGGAAGCCGGCGGCAAUAUACAGCACCCGUACGCAGCGGAGGGCGGCGCCGCCACCGGCUACGAGAUGCGCCAGCUGCAGCAGCAGAACAGCCGCCUGCGGGACACGCUGGUGCGCCUGCGGGACCUCUCCGCCCACGACAAACACCUCAUGCAGAAGAUGCACAAGGAUUUGGAGCAAUACAAAUCGGAGAUAGCCGAGCUGAGCCGCACAAAGGAGAAGCUGUCCAGCCGAGUCGAGGAGUUGGAGUUGCAGGUGGCCGAUCUCCGCGAGCAGGUGGACGCCGCCCUCGGCGCUGAGGAGAUGGUGGAACAGCUCGCUGAGAAGAAAAUGGCGCUCGAGGAUCAAGUGGAACAGCUGAAGCAGGACGUGUCCGAGCUGGAGGCGUUGCAAGAGGUGCACGAGCAGCUGGUCGAGUCCAACCGCGAGCUGGAGAUGGACCUCCGCGAGGAGUUGGAGAUGGCGCACGCCGCCACCAGGGAGGCGGUUCGCGAACGGGAGGCGGCGUUGGAAACGAUCAUGGACCGAGACUCGACUAUAGUGAAGUUCAGGGAACUGGUGCAGAAGAUGACAGAGCAGUACGGCGAGCUGCGGGCACAGCUCGACUCCAAGCAGGGUUCCCCAGCCCCCAGCUCGGAGCAAGAGUCGACCCCGGAGCCUACAGCUCGCAGUUCCCCGCCCACAGAGUUGGGUUCGCUGGUGCACGCGUCCAGGGCUUCCACCCGCUCCAUCGACCUGCAGCUGCGGGCGCUCGAGCUAACGCAGGCUAGAGCUCGAGCUGACAUGCUAGCGGCCUGCCUGCCGGACCACUUCAUGGCCACCGCUGGCGACCACGACGCCAUACUCCUGAUCCUGCUGCUGCAGCGGUUGAACACCAAAGCGGACAUCAUACUGGGACAAAUCCGGGAGAGAUUCCCAGCGGUGAACGUGUGGGAUCGCGAGGCGGUGACAAAGACACACACAGCGGUCCAGUACAGCUUCCGCUGUCAGCUCGAGUAUCAGCUGCACAUGAUACAGUGCAUCGUGUCAAUGUGGAGCGCGGCGCUGGACAGGUGUGCGGCCGAGGUGCUGCUGCGCGCCGCCAGCGCGCUGCCGGACGCGCUGCAGCAGGAGCGGGCGCUGGACGCUGCAACACACCUGCUCAAGGGCAACGAGCUCGACGAGAACUGCAACCUGGACGGCAUGGAGCGGUGCUGGACAUACCUGUGUGCGAUGUGGUCGGCCCUGGGCCUGUCGGGUGCGGCGGGGACGGCGGGGACAGCUGGGACAGCGGGCGCGGCUGCGGGCGUGUCACGUGAGGCGCUGCUGCACGCCACGUGCGCGCUGGACGCGCUGGCGCGUGCAUUGCACGCCGAUGCCACCGCGCUCACUUAUAUCCUGCAGCCUUCAGAACGCCAGCUGGAGCUGGGCCAACUGCACGAGUCCAUCUGCACCUCCAGCGCUGCGCUGCAGCAGCAGCUGAAGAGUAUCCGCCGACGACUGCCGCCCGGGGUCAGGCUAGACGCUGUGCCUCUCGACCCGCAGGUGGUGGAGCGGCUGCGCGGCGAGUGCGCGCGGUCGCUGUGGCGCGGCGCGCGCGCGGCGUGGCUGGCGGCGCGCGCGGCGUGCGCGUGCGCCGCCACCGCCGGCGAGCGCGGCGAGCCCGCGCCGCUCGCGCACGCCGCGCUGCUGCAGCUGUGGGCCGCCGCCGUCGACAAGCUCUACCACCAGGACGACCACGGGCCAGUGCGCACGAUCAAGCACUCGCUGGCGCAGGUGUCCGCCGAGGUCACCAAGCUGGCGAACUUCGUCCAGGACAAGGAGUACGACAUGAUGUCCCUCACCAACGUCGCCACGGACAAGCCGACGCCGCCGGUAGUGGUGCGAGCCCAACUGGUCAAGAAGCAGCUGGAGGAGACCAAGACGCUCACCAUCAAGCUGGAGAACAAGGAGGCCGAUAUCAAGGAGCUGAGGAAGGCGCUCAAGGGCAAGCAAGAAGAGCUAUCAGAGAUGCAGAUCCGCCGGGAACUGGGCGAGCGCAAGCUGACGGCGAGCGCGAGGGAUGCCGAGCUCCGCGCCGAGCAGCUGCAGAGGAGGCUCGAAGAUGCACAGAACCAGCUCAAACGAAAAGAGAAAGAGUUCGAAGAGACAAUGGACCAUCUACAACAGGAUAUCGACUCGUUGGAGAGCGAGCGUGGCGCCCUCAGGGACAAACUGAAGUUGUACGCCAAGAGAGGAGGCACCCACCACGCGGCGGCGAGCAGAACCACGCUGGACUACAAACCGGCGGUGUCGACGCCCGCGCGGGACUACGCACCGGUGGUGACACCUGUGUCGACACAAAAAGAGAUGCCGCAGGAGACACCUAUGAAGGUGGCUCCAGGGGUCGCCGCCGGGGAAGUGAACGAAGCUCUGCAGCAUCAGCUCAAAGUGCUUAGUUGGACCGUGGAACGUGAACGCGCAGCCCGAGUGGCGGCGUGCAGGCGAGCUGAACGCGCCACCAUCAGGAAUCUUCGGCCGCUGGAGCACCCGGCGGCCGACGCGGCCCGCGCCAGGAGGCAGGCCGCCGCGCUGCUCGAGAGGGAACUGGCUUCGCUGCACACUGAGUGGACUUUGUUCGUGGCGCGCUCCGGCCUGGUGAAGUUCCCCGAGGACCCGAGCAAGUACGCGCGAGCACUGCAGCAGCACAAGGAGAAGCAGCGGGAGCUCAGGCGGCAGCUGGAGGAGCGGUUGGCGGCGCUGCAGGCCGAGGUGAAGAGUCAGCUGCUGCUGCACCGGCCGUGGCGUUGCGUAGAGGCAGACUUCGCCGAGUUCCCGGCACCGGAGCUGGCCGCUGCGCUGUCAGGACGCACCCUAGCGGUGGGAACACUACAGUACCGUGCGGGUGACGCAGCGCCUACCGACGACACAGUAUACGUGACACCCGCUCAGCUAGCCAAAUUACGUGAGCUAGUCGCAGAAUUGCAAUCGGACGACGUCAAGCUGCAACUGCAACCGCUGGAUGCGACCGUCUGCGCCGCGUAGGCUGCGUGUACGGUUCUUUCUUGUACAAGGGUGGCGAGGGGGGCGUGCUCACACCAGAAUAAUCCGGCGCCGUAGGACCAGAACUUUGUUAGACUAUUCGUCAAAACACAAUUGAAAGUACAUCAAGCAAAAUAGGGAGGUAGAGGGGUUUCUUCAGGGUCGGCACAGCACGCGUAAUAUCUCUGGUAUUGCAGGCGUUCAUAGGCUACGGUAACCGCUUACCAUCAGGUGGGCCGUAUGCUUGUUUGCCACCUCAGUGGUAUAAAAAAAAUCAAGCAUCUUCAAUGGAGUGAAAACAUAAUUAAGGGUACAUGGAUACGUUAAGCACCUUUAACGGACCAACUGACAAUCCCCCUCCCCUCUUCCCUCCAGCGACAUUGUAAUAGCUAAUAGAAGUUUCUAGUAUGUAUUAAUUCGGAUGUAAUUAUAUUAAAAAGAGGAAAGAUUUGAUUGUUUGUUUAUAAUAGAUUAACUGAACAAUACUCAACUUGUUAAAAAAAUUAUUUCACGUAUAGAGCAUAGCUUUUUUUUAUAUACUACUUAGAAUGGCAAACAAGCUGACGGCCCACCUGAUGGAAAGUGGUAACCGUCGCCUAUAGACAUGAGCAGUAGCAUGGACAUAACAGAGUAUACUGUUUCGUCCAUGAUACCCCCCCAUGCGUUGCCAUUCCUGAGGACUCAGGUGUUGUUUUCGAAAAUUUAAUUUGUAAAUUGAAUUCAUAAAUCUCAUAUCUACAUCAUAUUUCCUUGACGAUUGUCAUUUAAAAUUUGUAAAGGUAUUGUUUCUUUUUUUUAUUUUUUACUUGAAUACCUCUUUUUUUUAAUAUAUUAUUAAUAAUUAAAGAUUGUGUGUGAAAAAUCUACUGCAAUUGUGGCUAAAUCAUUUAUUUACUUCUUUAAAAUUAAAAUACUGAUCCAUUUUCGAUAAAAUUGUGUGUGUGUGAGACCAAUCUAUAAGUAAAUCUUUCUAGAGGGAAAACAGAACUUUUCGAAUCAGUUUAGAACUAAUGGAGUUAUGAGGUAACAAACAAAGAAAUACAACCGAUUUGAAAAUCUUUCUGAAAUUCGUUGAAAUCAUUUAAGUCUGUGUGUUUGUUUGUUUGGUUGUUUGUUCAAUAAAAAUAAUGAAAUUCAUGUGACUUCCACAAUAAAUAAUAAUUUUUUACGUAUUACUCAAUUCAGCCGGACAUUUUUUAACUGUGGUCCGAAGGUCCAAGCUCCAAUUCCAGGCUUCUGAGAAUUUUUAAAUCAUUUCCAAAUUUUGAAAAAUUUGGAUCAUUUAAAAAUAAUUGCCAUUCGCUUCUUGGUGCAAAAGGCACGUAAACCAUUCGUCCGGUAAUCCGCGUCACAGGCCUUCGUACGAAGGCGGCCUUAUAACUGCUGACAGCAGAGGGCGACACUGUCAAAUUCACUCAUUUACAAAUUAAGACGCACUUUUGCACAUAUAUAUAUAUAUAUUUAUAACCUAAUUAAAAAUUAUUAAUUAGAUAAUGUAAUAUUGUAUUAAUUAGUAACGAAAUAUUUAUUUGCUUUAAACAAGCGUUUAACAUAAUGAAAGUCAUGUGACAGCACUUUAUGGCAUCUAUUUUUUUGUUUAAUGGAUGAUAAUGGAAUGGUAACCCAACCCGCGCUAUCAGUAUACACCGGCGGGGCACCAGUGAAGGAUGAUAGGUGAGGAUGAAGCAGGUCAGUUAGCCCAUCGUGACGAAUUCAACAAGAAUUGUUCACGAUGGUUUCCAGGGGAGCCACGUGGAGGUCGACCUAAUAAGGCAUAUUGCUAGCAAUGGGGCUGUCAAACUCCAUUGCCAAUAAUCCCUUCCCCCCUGUGGCAUCUAUUUAAUUGCCUUAAAAUUGUAGGCACGUAUUAAUAUAGUAUUAAAAUAUAAAGCACUAAUGUUGGUGAUUAUGUUAUGGUUAAAGAAAAAAUGAAUUUAAAUUAAAUAGUUUUUAAUUUAAAAUAAAUUAAAUAGAAUUUAAUUUAAAUUAAAUAUAUAAUGUUUAAAUAAAAUUUGAUUUGUAUAUAAGGAACUGUUUAAAUCAUUGUGGGUCGAUUCCGAGGUAUCAUUUCUCUUAGCGUACCUCCAAAAUUGAAACUUCAAUUUGAUAGAGGUAUCAUAAAAAUCAAUAUGAGGUAAAUUUCUAAUAGUUUUAAGUCAUAAAUAAAGAUGGUGUCCCACAAAAUGGAAUCGAUUUCAAUUGCGAAGAAACCAGUUAUUUGUAUGUAAAAACCAAACUGUUUAACUAAUUUUUUAUAAAAUUUGUACGGGACCAAUCUGUAAGUAUAUUUUUUUUAUACAACUUAGAAUGGCAAACAAGCUGACGGCCCACCUGAUGGAAGGUGGUAACCGUCGCCUAUAGACAUAACAGAGUAUACUGUUUCGCACAUAAUACCCCCGAUGCGUUGCCAUUCCUGAGGACUCAGGUGUUAUUCCUCUGUACCCAGUAAAUUCACGCCGUUUCCCACCCUUCAAACCGAAACACAGCCAUGCAAACACAACUGGUUCACGGUAGAAACACGAAUGGGAUAGAGGUGUCCAAGCAAACGACUUUUGUACAAAGUCUCCCUCUGGUGAUAUCCUUUUAGAUAAAAAAAAUAAUUUACCAAAUCGGUUCAAAACUGACGGAGUUAUGAGGUGACAAACAUAAAUAGAAAUACAACUAAAUCGAGAAACUUCUU